UCCUCGUCAGUCGUCACUCUGCCCUUGCGCGCCGCCUCCGCCUCCGCCGACGCCGAUCCCCAUCUAUCCCGCGAGCGAGCACGCCGCCGUCGUUCGUCCUGCCGCAUCCUGGUGAGCGCAUCCUCCGCCACCGCCGAUCCCCAUCCAUCGCGCGAGCAGGGUCGCCGCCGUCGCUCGUCCUGCUGCUUCCGCCGCAUCCGUCCUCUUUCCCAUCUCUCUCUCUCGCACUCUACCCACGCCGGCCUUUUUCUCGAACUUGCGUUAACCCUAGCUUCUGUUCUAGAAAUUUGCCUUAACCUUAAUACUAAUGACAGUUUGAUGGCUCCCAAAAAGGUUUGGGGGUUCAACUGAACCCCCCCAUGUCCUAUGUUAGAUCCGCCACUGGUAAUUUGUAAUCAGCAAGUCGCCGGUCAGUGGUCGGACUGAUGGAGGAGGGAGUUGCAUUUCUUGGAAACCAUUUUCAGGGAAGGUUGAGAUUGAGCUUGGAUGUCUUGAAACUGUGUGCUUAUAAAGAGAAAGACCGAUAUAUCGCAUAUCAUCAUCAGACAUUUCACAUAAGUUACAUAUACACUUCUGAUUUCUGUAACCUUCACCAAAUUGAGGUCAAUAUAUAUACUACAUAUAGCUAGUGACUUGCCUUCAGGAAAAAAAAAAAGAGCUAGGCAUGCUUACAUAUAGGUAGUACAGUAUAUAUUUUAGUAAUGAAUAUCGGCAUAUUGCUCCCAAAAGUAUCUAACAUUCAGACAUCAAUUCAGGCAGCAAAGCCUGCAGGAACUUAAUCAUGUGUAAAUUAUGUAAAACAGAUUUUGUAGGAAGCUGGAAAAAGGAUGCAAAUUCGUUGAGCCUGAAAUGUUAUAAUAAGUAGGGUAAUUAUAUGCGCAUCUACAUUUUCUUCUCAUUUCAUUUCAUUUCUUUCUGUGGGCAUAUUGGGGCAGGGCUUGGGUCGGCGGUGGUGACCCAGAGGCGAGGCGGAGGCUCGGAGGCGGCGUGCAUCGGAGGCGAGGUCCACGACCAAGCGGUGGCGGCGUCUUGCUGCGUCCCCGCCCUCGGUGGCACGGUGCGGAGGUGCUGGCGUCCUGAGAAGAGGUCCAAUCGCUGGUAACUAGACACGCUCCUGUUGGUCACCGGAUCUUGUUGAGCAGGUGCAUCCACUGCAAUGAUUGCCCUCAGCUCAUACUCCUCUCUGGCCUCCUUGUGGUCAUGGGUCCUGGAACAUAUUGCACCAUGCAAGCUCCUCUGUUGAAGGACAAUGGAAGAAUAACUGGAUCACUUUGCAGUUGAAGGGCUGUAACCACAGCACUUCAGUACUAAAACUCGCACUACUGAGCACCUGUAGCUCUGAGCUGAGUAUAUGACCUCAUUUUUGAAACAGACUUCCUGGUUAAUGUGUGGGUCGGCACUGUUGAAAAGUUUUUGUGAUGGACAAUGCCUCGAGUGAAGAUAAUUUGUUGAGGGACAAUCUUGUUGAUCUUAAUGAUGAUUAUACUGAAAAUCAGAUGGCAUUUGAUGUCAACAGUGAACCAGUUGACAUGAAUAAUACUUCCAGCAAAGCGAAUCUGGAAAAUAGUGAACCUUUUGUUGGGAUGGAGUUUGAAUCAGAAGAGGCUGCAAAGGUGUUCUACAUGGCUUAUGCUAGUCGAGUAGGUUUCUCUGUGCGCAUUAGCAAGUCCCGACGCUCAAGGAAUGAUGAGUCUAUUAUCAUGCGCCGUUUUGUGUGUUCAAAGGAAGGUUUCCACCACAAGAAGCAAACUGACACUGGCAAGAGAAAGAGAAAGCGUGCAAUAAUAAGGGAGGGUUGCCAUGCGAUGAUCGAGGUUAGUCAGAAAUAUUAUGGGCGGUGGGUUGUGAUCAAGCUCAUCAAGGAACACAAUCAUGCUGUUGCAGCUCCAAGCAUAGUGAGAUACGUUGCGCCUGAAGAAUAUGCACAACUAGAACCUUUUGCAGGAAUGGAAUUCCCUUCUUAUGAAUCUGCCCAAACAUUCUACUAUGCGUAUGCUAGCCGUAUGGGCUUUGAUGUACGUAUCAGAUUAUCCCGCCGUUCACCAAAGGAUGAGACAUUUGUAAUGCGGCGCUUUGUUUGCACAAGGGAGGGGGCUACACCGUGCGAAGAAAAUGAGAACAGGAGAAAGAGAAACCGGGGUGUUCCAAGGGAAGGUUGCCAAGCGAUGUUUGAGAUAGUGAAGAAGGAUCAAGAUAAAUGGGUUGUUUCGAAGCUUUUCUUGGCACAUACACAUGAGCUGGCCAAUGUACCAAACAAGGUGCACUACAUUCAGUCAAACAGUGAGGUAGUUGUUCUUGCAAAAAGUAGUGUUCUUCGAGAGAAUUCAAUUGCUCCAACCUUGAAUUCACCUCUAGCAGACCUAGGGAGGAAUUUUGAAAAGCAGGCGACAAAUGAUCAAGAAAUAAGAGAACCACGCCGUAAUGCAUUUGGGUUGGAUGAUACGCAAAAGCUUCUUGGAUACUUCAAGCGGCUGAAUGCCGAGAAUCCCACAUUUUCAUAUGCAUUUCAAGUCGAGAAAAAUGAUUGCUUAACCCAUGCCUUCUGGGCUGAUGCCAAAGCAAGAACAUCGUAUUACUAUUUUGGAGAUGCCGUAACACUCGAGACAUCUUUUGUUGAGAAUAAUGACCUUUUGCCAUUAGUUAUGUUUUCUGGUGUCAAUCAUCACUUGCAACGUGAAAUGUUUGGUUGUGCAUUAUUAACUGAUUUCACAGAGGCUUCCUACAUUUGGCUCUUUCAGAACUGGAUUGCAGCAAUGGGUUCACACCAUCCUACGUCACUAACAACGGUUUAUAAUGAAGCAAUUGGUUCAGCAAUAGCAAAAAUAUUUCCACAAACGCACCAUCUGUAUUUUACUGCAGACAUAUUAAAGAGAUCCAAGGACAUUUUGGCUGACAUAUAUUUUAGGCAUGUUUCUUUUGAAAGAGAAUUUUAUGUGUGCAUCAAUGAGCCUGAAACAAUUGAAAUGUUUGAGUUAAGUUGGAAGAAAGUCCUUGAUAAGUAUGACUUGCAUGACAACUCAUGGCUCCAGUCUCUGUACAGAAUUCGGCAAAAAUGGGUUCCUGUAUAUUUCAAAGGUGUAUUUACUGCUGAUCUUUCAGCAUCUCAGAGACCUGAAAGCUUGAGAAACAUCUUUGAGAAGUACUUCAACAGAAGAACAGCUUUACCAGUUUUCAUUUCAUUGUUUGAGCAUCUGAUGGCCGGUUGGUCAGAAAGAGAAGCUGUGGAGGAUCUGGCCACAUCUUUUACCAGACCUGUCCUAAGAACCCCCUCAAACAUGAUGAAACAAGUGUCAGAAAUAUACACAACAACUGUGUUCAACAUUCUUGAGGAAGAAUUCAUUGGAUCUUUAGGCUAUUAUAUCUCUAGUCUUGACAAUGAUGGGUUGAUUGCUGUGUAUAGUGUCACAAAGGAGGAUACUGAAGCCACAUGCAGAGUCAGGUAUGAUACUUCUGGCAAUAUAGCUAAGUGCAGCUGCUGCAAGUUUGAGAGUUGUGGUAUCUUGUGCCGGCAUAUACUAAGAGUAUUCUUGGCCCUUGAUGUACGCACCAUACCAGAUGUAUACAUAUUGAAACGGUGGACAAAAGAAGCAAAGAAUGGCUUUGUGUUGGACGAAUGCUUGCGGUACAGUGAGCUUCACCGUGAUGCCCUUAGAUAUGCAAGGGAAGGAUCAACGUCUGGGGAAGUUUUUACCUUUGCACAACAAACUCUUCAGGUUGCUUUUGCUGAGGUGGUUCAAAUGAAACAGGAAACUUUUAGCCAAUGUACAAUCCGAUGAACUUUGAUGCUAUACAGAUUGAGUAAAAGAUAACUCUUCCAGUGCCGCCCUGGUUAUCUUGUCGAUGAAA